AAGGUGCUUGUCUUGUCUUUGUCUUGUUUCAUCCUUAAUUCUUUAGUGUCUUAUCUUAUCAGGGAGGUAGGUCCACACAAUUUCAGCAGGCAUGGGGGUGGUAGGUAGUGGUGGUGGUGGCGGGAAGGGUGUGCUUGCACACGGUGUACCGACUGCUCCCCGCGCGACAUGCGUGUGGGUAGAGAGGCCAUGCGGAACACGCGCACGAGAGCGUUGGAGGGUAAACGUGGGUUUUGAUUAAUGAUGGGAUUUUCCGCCCCCCGUGCAGGGUGGGAUAGUAGUGGGAGGUGUUGAGCGAAAAGCGGGCACGACCGGCGGCACGUUGUUUGCUUUUUUUCGCUGCUGUUGCUGCUUCUACUGGUCAGUUGAUUUUUUCAUCAUAGCUAGCACUGGCACUGCAACAACCAGGUCAAGCUGGUCACAUGUUAUUCGCUAACAACGGCGGCCCGUUCGUGUUCCCUGCCUCCCUGUGAGCUGAUUUUUUUUUGUCUGUUGGGUGUAUGUUAUCUGGAUCAAGCUUAAAGCCAACUCCGAUUUCCACAUGGAGCGGGUUAGCCAUAAUCCGGAGACUUGUGUACAUAUUCUAUAGAAGCUAAUGCUGCUGCUGCUGCUGCUGCACGUGAUAGACGUGCUCGUUGCACAGUAGGGUAUCUUGAAGGUGGAGGAAGAAGGUAGAGCGUUCGGAGGAAGGUGCUGCAUUGACCAGACUUACCAACCUACUUGCUAAGUUUUUCACGUGAAAAAAAACGUGAAUAGUGAAGCUGGGUUUGAGGUUUUGCGGCCGACAGAGACGGAGAGGGUAGUUAACUUGCGCGAGGCUCCGUGAGACGACCAGAGCCUGUUUUAUCUGCAAGCUUUCAACUGCUGCUGUUGUAGUCGGUUUUUCAGGAUUGGUUGCGAGCGCGUUCGUGCGGUCCGAGUUGGUCAGAAUUUUUUUGUUUCGUGUACAUCAGUGCUUGCGUGUUUUGCGGGAGGUUCAGGUGCUAAUUCCGGUGUGAUGUGUAUGUGUACUCACUGCCCCCCCCCCCCCCCCCCCGC